GUGGGCCCAAUUCGGUUCGGCUUAUUUCUUAGACGUGGGCUCAUACUACUAGGCCCAAUUUCCGGCCCAUGUAUCGGGACUCUUCUUUUCCACCCGAUCCCAUCGUCGUCUUCGCGGUGGCAAUGCGCCAUGGGCGACCCCUUCUCCUGGAUCGAGCAAGAGUGCGGUGAGGGUGAGUUCUUCGACGACGCCGACACCCCCGCCACCUCCCCCGCCACCGCCGUCCCCACCGGCGCCGCCGCCGCCACGGGCUUCGGCGGCGCCGCCCCCUCCCCGACGCCCCACGCCGACGCCGCCAUGUUCAUGCGCUCCCUCCCCGACUCCCCCUGCGCCGCAUCCAACGACGGCGAUCGCGCGCGAGGGCUCUCGAAAGCGACGGCUCCGAACCCUAGCGAGCGGGAUCCAGUCACCCCAACGCAGGAGCUCGCUCGUACAUCCUCCGGUGGUCUCAAGGGAAAAUCUAGGGUUUGUAGCACCAAAUCGAGGGACUGCAGCAUUGGAUCGUCGGUUUCCCCGCAAAAGACCCCCACCAGAGGUAAGGAAGUGUUAGGGUUUGGUAAAAGUAGAACGGUCGAGACAUCGAAAGAGGACGCUGCUGUAUCGAUGAAUCCCUCACUAGAAGAAAUCGGGGAAUUUCGUAAUCAAUCCCUGGAAACCCUUCAAGAUGCUUCGAGAGCAGUGUCGUCGCGGAGAAAGCUUCCGGAUUCCAUAUUGAAACCUCCAACUGAGGAGGGGAAUGCAGGGCGCCGAUCGACGGAGAAAGUUGAAGCUCGGGCACAGGCGCCCGCGCAUGAAACGAUUCCGGAGGUCAAGGAUUCGGCCUUUCCGGCUUGUCUUCGUGAUUGCGUCGACAUGUUGUCCGGUAAUAUCAAUGUGAAAUUAGGCGAUAUGGACAUUCUCAACAUAGCCGGAAGGAGAGGCGUCGCAUUCCCCGAUCCUCCUUGGUGGGCACCUGGAGGUUAUCCUCCCUUUUGUAGUAGUAACAAAUGAGUGAAAUGAGCCCUUUUGGACUAUUAGUGUUGGGACAAUUCCUAUUUCACAACCUCUCGAUCUCUAAGUUCUCGCUGCUGGGUAUAGGUUAGAGUAGCUAAGAAUGUGAAUAUUUGCUGAAUGGAACUGUUGUAAAUAGCAUCGUUUUGUGUAGUGAUGUUAUCUAAUGGUAUUAAUAUGCAACUAAGUCAAACUGCUGUAUUUUGAAUCUUUGAUUGCUUUGUUUUGCACAGAGCAUCAAGUUAUAGCUGCCUGUAGAUAACAAAGUUCAGACUGUAAUGCUAAUA